AAUCGCCGGUAGCUAUUAGAUGUGUUUGGCGUUUUCCACUGUAUAGUUUUUCGUCGUUUUUUCGAUUAUGUGUAACAUUAUGUCACUUAUCUGUGUAAAGCGGAAAAAACGAUAAUAGUUAUCGUUUAAUAAUCUAAAUGAUCAUUAGCAAUAGUUUAAUUUUGAAAGAGAUAGUAAUUAUCGUGUUUAUUGUUUACUAUUCGAAUUCGUUGCCUUGAUAACACGAUUAUAAUAACAUUUUCCUGUUAUCGAUUUUUUGUCUUAUCGUCUUAUUUUGAUUUGCUAUACAAAUAGACUUGUAAAUGGCCAGUAUCAGUUAGCGUUAAGUGUUGUCGUUUCGAGCACUUAGCUGCCGUGUGAUUUCGCGAUCAUUCCUUUGAACUAGUUAUUAUUGUUUUGUUUUUGUUUAUAAUAAAUAUAAGUUAAAAUUGUAAUAAUAUGGAUACGUGCGUAGACCCAAAAGUACCUCCGUGGAAGAUCGAGCUGAUCAACAGAAGACGAAUGAGAAAUAAUCAAUCUAAAUGCACCAGCGGAGGCAUCUACGGUAAUAGUGAACAGGUAAAACCAGUUCAAUGGACUUGGUCCCCUACCACUCAACACUUUCUCCAGCCCCAACAGACCAACGCGGUACAGACAUCCCAGCAGCAGCAAUCGGUAGUUGGUGCUGCGUGUUCAGACAUGAGGCUGUUAAAGUGCGAUAACGUGAUAAUGACUAAUUUCAAAAAAAAUCCACAGAUUAAUCGAUGUCGUUUGAAAUUUAAAACGAAACCGCAAAUUAUAACAGAAAUAACCAAUGGAUUAGAUUAUAAUUCUGACUCUAGUGAAGAGUUUAAGUAUGGUCCAGGUAUUGUAAAUAAAUUGAAAUCAAAAUAUAUGAGUAUGACAAUCCGUGAACAAAAGCCAAGACCUCCUUUAUGGCGUUCAAAUAGUAUGGACAACAUUGUUGAAGAUAAAAAUUGUUCAGAAAAAGCAAAACAUAGUUUACCACCUGAUGUUAUCAAUGUUUCUGUCAAUGUAAAAAGUGAGACUUUAAAACGGGCAAGAUCUAUGGAAAUACUGUCUGAAUCCCAAUCAAUUAUGGGCAAUAUUGAUGAACAGCAAAUUCCAAAGUCUGUUAAUGGUGAUUUACCACCACCAGAUGUAGUCAAAACAUACAAAAAAAUAUUUGAAAAUAAAACACAAAAUGAAUUGAAACCCAUAAAAAUUAAACCAGCCAUUCUUCCUAAACCAGCAUUGAGUCCAGAAAAAUCUCGUACUACUAGAAUGAAUAAAGUACCAUUAAAAAAAAUGAUACAGUCUAUUAAAUAUCCUAACAGAUUGAAGAAAAAAGAACCAUUAGGUCUAGAUAGAUCUAAAGCCCUUAUAAAUGAUGAAGUCAGUUCAAGUCAGGAUGAAUCAUCUAUGUCGUCUGAUGACGGUGGUUCAGUAAAGCAUAGAGUUGUCAUCAAGACAACCUUAAGUGGAUCUAAUAACGAUAACAAAUUAGUUGCUGUACAAGCUAAACAAAUAUGUGUUAUCAGACCAACAACAAGAAGUGUUAUUUUAUCAGAAGAAACUGCUAAUACUCAGUUAUCAGACAAAGAAAUUGAAAAAAACUUUCUUAAUAAUAAUACUAUUAAUAAAUCCAAUGGAAUAAAAAGAAUUGGUGGGUUGUGGGAUAAAAAAAGAUGGGACAACAAUGAAAAUAGUGUUGUUUUCAAUUUUGUUGAUCGUAAAGGUGUACCAAAUUACAUUGACAAUGAAGUACCAAUAUUUAGAAGAGACAAUUCUUGUAGAGUUAAAAAUGGAUGUAUUAUGUUGGAUUCUCAUUGUGAAGAAUCAAGUACUGAUGAUAUUGAUAAUGGAUCCAAUGAUAAAUAUGUUAUUUUUAUUGGUGAUAAUAUAAUCAUUGGACGUUCAAAUCUUCGAAAAGAAAAAUGCUCUUCUCCUCGAAAAAAUUUAAGAAUACAGUUUUCUGACGUUCUGGAAACAACGCAUGAGUAUCCUUCAGAAGCUUCCUUACUGCUCGAAGAAAAACAUGAUCUACCGUCACCUGAAACGGAACAUAAAAGAAACCUUACCGCCGUUCAUCAAAAAAACAGUUUUGGUAACUACACUCCGAGUAAACUAGGAACCACCGAAGAAGCAUUUCUCGGUGAAUAUGGAGUAAGUAGAAGCAAUGUGAUAAAAAAUGUUAAACGUACAGAUAAGAAUGACGAAUCCAUGACUGACAACUCGGUGGUUGAUACAAAUGUGCCUUGGAGCGAAGAAACAACACCUGAUCUCUUAUUUUGAGUUCCUAAUAUUUAUUAACAUUAUAUUUAUGAGCUCAAUAGUGUUAAUAUAGUUUUACUUAAAUUAAUGUAUUUUUAUAAUAUUAAUAUAUUAUACAUAUUUUUCUAAGUUGUAGUAAAAAGAAUGUAUGCUCUUCUAUUUUUCUUAUUAUAAUAAUUUUUUUUAUAUUUAUUGAAAUUAAAUAAUUUAUGAAAAAUAGUAGCUCGUAUAUCAUAAAAUAAGACUCACAAUGAUUUCAUCGACUGAAUUACUCAUUCUUCUAUACAUUUAUAUAUUUUUACAAAUCCUAAACAUACACGUAAAAUUUUUUACUAUUAUAAUUAUAUUUUCAUUGAUGAAAUGCUAUCGUUACUAUUAUGAACUAAAUAUUAA